CCAACACAUUCAUAUCUGUAUUCCCAGUCAUGUGAUAUUUAUAGAUUAGAGCCUGCAUGUUGCGUUUAUUGUUCAGUGUGUAUGAGCAUGUCAACCGCAAGAGGAUGCUCCGAUGACAUGUAUGAUAGACCAUCUUCCUUGAAUGACGCAGACACAGCUGUGAGAAUGCAACUGAGUGGGUUUAUAAUGCUCGAGAGGAACAGUAUGAUAUAGCCACAGCUGCGUAUUAUGCGACAAGACAUCCCCCGUAGUGUGUGCAUCAUGCUCGUACAAUUGCCGCGAUGAAGAUACGACUAGUGUUGAAAAGGCGAUGAGGCCAACUAUGUAGCCUAUUCAACGUGAUGUCAGAGUCCUAUACAUUCGGCAUUCGCCAUAGCAUCAACGACGGGCAUAUAAAGCGCCGUUUAUCUGGGAAUUGUAAAUGGAUGAGAUUGCGACAUCGGGGGAGGCCGGGGGAAGCAUGCCCACAUCUGGGGCGGAGAGAUCGGACCAGAUAGAUACGGUCGGCUUCUUGCUCAAGCUUUCUUCUGCAGACAUGGACACUGGUCGUAGGGAGUCUACAAUAACUAGUGAGAUGCCGUCCCCCACAGCUCAGGGUCUAGGCCCAGGUCAGGAGAAGAAGAUCGGUCACAGGAGAGUAGAUGCCUCUGGAGAGACCACCUAUAAGAAGACCACGUCCUCUGCCCUGAAAGGUGCCAUCCAGCUGGGCAUCGGCUACACGGUGGGCAACCUGAGCUCCAAGCCAGAGAGAGAUGUCCUCAUGCAGGACUUCUACGUGGUGGAGAGCAUCUUCUUCCCCAGUGAGGGCAGUAACCUGACUCCUGCCCAUCACUACCCAGACUUCAGGUUUAAGACCUACGCCCCUGUGGCCUUCCGCUACUUCCGAGAACUGUUUGGGAUCCGGCCAGAUGACUACCUGUACUCUCUAUGUAACGAGCCCCUGAUCGAGCUGUCCAACCCGGGGGCCAGCGGCUCCAUAUUCUAUGUAACCAGGGACGAUGAGUUCAUCAUCAAAACAGUCAAUGCCAAGGAGGCGGAGUUUCUGCAGAAACUACUUCCUGGAUACUACAUGAAUCUGAAUCAGAACCCGAGGACCCUGCUUCCUAAGUUCUUUGGUCUCUACUGCGUCCAGUGUGGUGGUAAAAACAUCCGUAUCGUGGUCAUGAACAAUGUGUUACCGCGCGCCGUACGCAUGCACCUCAAGUUCGACCUGAAGGGCUCCACGUAUAAACGGCGUGCGUCGAAGAAAGAGAGGGAGAAAUCGAAUCCCACCUUUAAAGAUCUGGACUUUAUAUCAGAUGUACCGGACGGACUGACACUGGAUCAGGAUACAUAUGGUGCUCUGCUUAAGACCCUACAGAGAGAUUGUCUGGUGCUAGAGAGCUUUAAAAUCAUGGAUUACAGUCUGUUGCUGGGGGUCCAUAACCUGGGCCAGGCUGGGAGAGAGUCCCAGGGCUCACCAGCAGGGGGCGAUGAGAAGAAACCUGUGACCCAGAGAGCCCUCUACUCUACUGCCAUGGAGUCUAUACAGGGAGGCAAGACGUGUAGAGACACACUAGACCACGAUGCUACAAUGGGUGGUAUUCCUUCUGUGGAUGGUAAAGGAGAACAACUCCUUCUUUUUAUUGGAAUCAUCGAUAUCCUGCAGUCCUACAGGGUCAUCAAGAAACUGGAACACUCAUGGAAGUCUCUGAUUAGUAAUGACGGGGACACAGUGUCAGUCCACAGGCCUAGUUUCUAUGCAGACAGGUUCUACAAGUUCUGCAGCACCACUGUCUUCAGAAAGAGCUGCUCCCUGAGGUCUUCUCCCUCCAAGAGGGGGCGAGGAGGGGCUCUGCCCACACCCAAAAACAGUGUCCAAACACAGCUGUCCAUAGAGAGAGAGGAGAACCAGGAGAACGAGAAGCUGCACCUCAGAGCGGCUCGCGGCUCCCGCCUGCUGGAGGAGGACGGUCAGAGAGAACACCCCCACACGCCUCCAUCUUUUGAGGAUGCGACCACAGCAUCCAUUGCGACCACUCUCUCCUCCAACAACUCUCUCCCUACCACACCGUUUGACACACCAGAACACCCACGCUUCAGGAGGCCAACUCACUCUCCACGGGACCGUGAAGACAGUUUCAGGUCACAACUGGAAGUAGUGGAGGUGCACGAGCAAACCGUCACUGUGGCGAUGGAGGUGAAGAGGGAACCUACAACCUGUGUGGUUCCAGAGGACCUUCAGGACUCUAAAGUAACAGAGGAGAAAGUCAUCACACAGGCCACAGCUGCUGCCCCCACCUCCUCUACACCUCCUUCAACCCCUCCUUCCUCCUCCACCCCUCCAUCCUCCACCCCUCCCUCCUCAUUCCCUCCAGCGUCCACUCUCCCUCAUUCACUUCCUCAAUCAAUCUCUUCCUCCUCUGCCCCUCACUCUAACUCCACUCUGCCCUAUUCUUUCACUCGUCCUUCCUCCACCCCUCAGUCAUCAGCUGUCAUCGCCUCCACUCUUCCACCCUCUGCAGUCCCUCAAGACUCCGCCUCUCCCUCUUCCACCACUCAUGCAUCUACCAAUCCCUCCUCCUCUCCCCAUUCUUCACUCCUUCCCACCACCCCUCCCUCCUCUCUCCCUCCGAGCCCCCAGGUGACAGCGGAACGCUAUUCGUCCAAUCAUCUGUCUGUCACCUCGUCCGUCAGCCACAACUCACUGGAGGGGGAGAUGCCAGUCUCUGACAUCUACUUCUAUGCUGAUGGGAGAUACUGGGUGUACUCCCCAAUUCUGGGUCGUAAGAAACUCAACUCAAGCUCAAGCUGCAAUAAUCAGGAGGACAGGAGCUGGAUGUACUCUCCGCUGCACUACGGCUCAGAGUCGAGACAUGGCUCUGAUGGGGAGAGCCAGACGUAAGUUGUGUGAAGUGUCCAAUGUAAGCAAAUCACUUGAGAGGAUUGAAGACUACUGACUGAAGCUGUGAUGCUUUACGAAGCCCCAUGAAUCUUCUACAGCGUUCUAUAACCCUUGCGGCCCAAGCUGCAUGUGAAGGCUAGUUUUACCCACUUGGAUGAAGAAGUACUCUGUGGGAAGACUUAUUGAAAUGAAAUGUUUCUACUUCGGCACCACUUUCCCCAACACACACACACACACACACACACGCACACACGCACACACACACACACACACACACACGCGCACACACACGCACACACGCACACAG